AUAAUUUAGAAGAAUCUAAAAAAGUUCACCUUAUUACUGAAAAAAUAAUAACACUUCAAGAAAAAUUAGUAAAAAUAAAUAUAAAACCCAACUAUUAUUCAGAAAAUGAACAAAUUAGAAAAAAAUUACAACAGCUAGAAAAAACACUUUUAAAAGAACUAGAAUACAUAUUUUAUAAUAUAAUACCAGAAAAAUUAGCAAAACAAAAGCUAUCAGGACCAAACAAAAUAUAUAACUGGAUAACAGUAAACAACUACGAAUAUCAAAGAUACUAUAAUCAAUUACUAGCUCAUAGUACUACUGACUAUAACUCAGAAGAAAACCAUAGACAACAUACAUUCGACCUUAUAGAUCAGUAUACAAAAAAUGGAAAAACUACUAACAAUCAAAUUAUCACAAGUUGUGAUAUUUAG